CCACCAUCGCACGAACCAACCGCUAGGAAACUUCAUCCCUUCUUCAUCUCCCCGACACCGCCGCUGCUCUGCGCCGCCGCCACCGCCGCCGCUCCACCCCGCUUCCUCGAGCCGCUGCGCCGCCGUCCCACCCCGCUUUCCCGAGCUGCUUCGCCUCCCGCCCCAAGCCUCCCCCGCCGAUCUAUUUCUCCAAGCCGUCGCCGUCCCGAUCUCCUCCGGUGCCCGCUGCUCUGCGCAGCCGCUCCGCCCUGGUCCUGCGAGCUGUGGAGGUGAACCUGUUGGUGCCCUUUGUCGAGCCCUGCGCCUCCCCGACCAUCGUCGAUCCAUUCCCUUGCCUCGACCGCCGCCUGACGCCGACGAGCUCCCGCUCGGUCCACCUCUGCCACAAAUUGACGCCACCGUUGGUGCCGCCGCUCCACCGCCUUGCCCACAAGCCUGAUGCCGACGAGCUCCCCGCUCGGUCCUCCUCUGCCGUCCGCAGCUGCCGUAGUCCACCACCUCGCCCACAAGAUGAGCGGCUUGUUCGAUGAUUCGUCAACUGAUGACGAGUUUGACAUGUGCGAAGAGGAGGAUAUUGCUAUAAUCUUGGCCAUGCACAAGAACAAGCGGCCGAAGCACGGUGGCUCCGUCUUCGGCUAUGAGAAGCUGUGGAGGGAGAGGAUUGAUGCGCACAACCGGUUGAUGCGGAGCUACUUCAUGGAGAACCCCAUUUAUCUUGAGAGGUACUUCCGCCGCCGGUUUAGGAUGGGCACCAAGUUUUUUGCACACAUUGCCGAGAGUGUGAAGAAAUAUGAUCGUUUCUUUGAGCAAAGGAGGAAUUGCGCCGGAGAGCUUGGCCAUAGCACCUACCAAAAGGUCACUGCCGCAUUGCGGAUGACGGCAUAUGGCAUUCCGGCAGAUCUUGUUGAUGAUCAUUUGGCAAUGGGUGAGAGCCAAGCCAUCAAAUGUGUCAAAUGCUUUGCAGUAGGAAUUGUGAGAGUGUUUGGAGAGAGUACUUGAGAGCUCCCAAUGCUCAAGACACGGCGAGGCUCUUGGGGAUCAACAAGGCUCGUGGGUUUUCAGGUAUGCUUGGGUCCAUUGAUUGCAUGCAUUGGAGGUGGAAAAAUUGUCCUGCAGCAUGGCAUGGACAAUUUCAAGGUCAUAAAAAAGAUUUCACUAUUAUACUAGAAGUUAUCCAUGGAUGAGUCUUGGUUUUGGCAUGCUUUCUUUGGAAUGCCCGGCUCUUGCAAUGACAUCAAUGUUCUCCAACGAUCACCACUCUUUCAGAAGUUAUCCAUGGAUGAGUCCAAGCCGGUGGAGUUUAAGGCAAACGGAAACACAUACAACAUGGGAUACUACCUUGCGGAUGGGAUCUACCUGAAGUGGGCAACUUUUGUGAAGCUGGUUGUACAACCCAAAGGUAAGAAUCAAGUUAAUUUUCAUAGUGCACAAGCGGCGGCUAGGAAAGAUGUAGAGAGAGCUUUUGGAAUUUUGCAAGCCCAAUUUGCUAUUGUGAGAGGGCCUGCUCGGUUUUGGGACCAAGAGAUUCUUUGGUACAUCAUGACCGCUUGUGUGAUCAUGCAUAACAUGAUCGUUGAUGACGAGCGUGGGCAAGAUUUGGACUAUAGUUACUAUGAGUUGAUGGGUCGUCUCGUGCGUGUUCAAAAAAAUGAAGAUUGAGUGGCCAAAUUUCCAGAAACCUAUGAAGAGAUCCGAGAUGAGGGUCAACAUGUCAAACUUCAAAACGAUCUCAUGGAAGAGUGGGGGUCUUGGUUUGGCCAAGAAAGCCACUAGAUUAUGUUGUUGUAUGUGAUGAACUUUGUCUCUUAUGUUGUCGUAUGUGUUGAACUUUGUCUUCGUAUGCUCAUUGGUGGGCUACUUGAACUAUCUGUGAAUUGUAACGAACUAUUCGGUACUAUUUGUGAUUGAUGUAUUUAGAUUUAUUUGUUGAUACUCAUGUUGUUUGUUGCAUAUAUAUGUUUGCAAAUGUGAGAAGAAAAUAAAUUGUGUGGCGCCCUAUUUUACAUCAUCUUGAUUUUUAUCAGUGUCCUAUUUUACAUCGUCUGAAAUGGCUUUUUUAUUUUAA